AUGGACGGUUUGCCUUUUAUACCAGGAUUUCGUUUUAAUGACAUAACAAAACUAGAUUUCAAUUUGAGUACUCAGUUCCAAUGGAAAAACGGAUACGCCCUUCCCAAAGAUAAGUCGACGGGUAUAGGAAAGAGUAAAUUAGACGCCGAUAGCAUAUUGUAUGGUGAAUCAUUUGACGUCAUUGGUUACAACCCAGAAUUGACAUAUGGAAAAGCCAAAGACGAUUCGAAACCAAUCGACCUACCACAUUUCGUUAAGUUGGAUAGAAAAUGUCUCUCUUAUUAUGGAUACGCCCAACAUACCAUACUUAAUUCACCAAUAGAGACAUUUCGAGUGCGCAAAAUUAAAAUUACAUACUUCUUGGUUGAUGACACUAUUGUCGUUACGGAGCCCGUUGUCAAGAACGCGGGUUAUGUCCAAGGAUGUAUAUUAAAACGUGGCCAAAUACCGAAUCCACAUCGCGAAGGUAGACCUUGGCAUUGGUCCGACUUCAUUAUUGGCGAGGAAAUCAGUUUCUACGGAAUCGCGUACAGGUUGUGCGGCUGCGACUUGUACACCAGAAAAUUUUUGACCAGCAUGGGCAUGGUAGUGAUCGAAAAUCAACCGAUGAUCGCCGACCCUUACACCAUAAACAGGCAGACGAUACUGCAGCAUGUAAACGGACAAUCGAAAUCGCCAGACGGUAAGUCUGCAGAGGACAAGCUCAGGCAGUUUUUGGAAUAUGAUGGAAAAGUGUUGAGAUUUUACGCGACCUGGAAUAAUGAUAUUUCAGAUCCCACAGAGUGUAAGUAUUUCAUAGUCGUUUAUUACCUAAAAGACGAUCGGUUAGAAAUAAACGAAUCAAAAACCAUGGGUAAUACAUGUGAGCUGAAUCCAUCAGCUGUGUUUUUAAGCAAAAUUAAAUUACCCAAACAUUGGUCAAAUUUGCCACCAAACUUUCCAUCUAUUUAUUUAGAAGCAGGAAAUGAAUAUCGAGAAUAUUAUCGACCAAAAGAUUUCAUAGUUGGAAAUGCAAUAAAUGUGAUGGGUCGUAGAUUUAUGCUGUAUGACUGUGAUCCAUUUACUAGAGAUUACUACAAAGACAUUUUGAAAAUUGUUCAACCUGAACCCAUCCAAAUAAUAGAUCUGAAAAAUAAUGAUUUAACUGUGACUCGACUGCAGGCAAUACCACCUCAUACUGGUAUUGGUGAGCCAGACGAUACACUCCAGAAUUGUUUAUCACUUGUACCUAAACCACCAAAAACUUUGGAUUUUGUUACGUUUGUGCUUAACGCAACUAAAAAACUUAGGUAUAAAUUGAAGAUGGUACCUGUGUAUGAAGUAGACAAUCUUCGUGAUUUUAUCAUGGAAUAUUGCAUUGGCAAUGAUCAAAUGUGCAUAGUUGAAUUAGCUAGUAAAAACAGUGGAUUUUAUAAAGGACGAUUCAUGUCAUCUGUACGGUUACGGAAACCGGGCACCAGUAUAGAUUCAAAUCAAUUCUAUGGGCCCAAAGAUUUUGCAAUUGGUGCUGAAUUGUAUGCAAAAGGUUUAGUUUUUAUAAUUACUGAAUUGGACGUGUGGUCAUACAAAUAUAUGAUCGAAAACAAGGAUAUGUUCACCCAAGAUGCCAUUGAUGGAGCUAAACGUUUUUUGGAAAGCAAAAACUUGUUGAAAAGUCAAGAAAAUGUGGAUGGAAUAUCAGUGCAUGAAAGUACACCAAUUUUAUCGGAUACCUAA